GCCUGGUUCCUGCGAGGAACCUGAUCACCGCGCGAGAUUUUUUUUGCCGUCGCAUACUAGUGCCGGUGCUGGGCCGGCCAGGCCAACCGAAUCCUUCUCUUUUUCGCUCAUUUCGAGAAAAAACAUCAUUUUCACUCCCGUCCUUUUUCGGUCACCGCUGUGAAUUUCACUCUAACAGAAUACUAAAAAUGUCGCAAGUCGCCAAGAAGGCCGGUUUCGAGGGUGCCCAGGAGGUCCAGAUCCACCGCAUUCGCAUCACUCUGUCGUCGCGCAACGUGAAGAACCUCGAGAAGGUGUGCUCGGACCUGGUUCUCCGUGCCAAGGACAAGCAGCUCAAGGUCAAGGGCCCCGUGCGCAUGCCCACCAAGCGCCUGGCCAUCACCACCCGUAAGACCCCUAACGGUGAGGGUUCCAAGACCUGGGACCGCUUCGAGAUGAAGAUCCACAAGCGUCUCAUUGACCUGGACUCGCCGUCCGAGAUCGUCAAGCAGAUCACCUCCAUUGCCAUCGAGCCCGGAGUCGAGGUCGAGGUCACCAUCGCCGACAACUAAAGCGUGUCCUGCAUGCGGAUUUCUGGACUCCUCCCCUGUGGUCCGUUUAGACUAGCUUGUGCAUAGC